CCUAUUUCACUUUAGCCUUAUCUGUGUGGAAGGCUGUUAAUGUGGCGGGGGCGUACACAGCAGGACUCUCCUCUGCUGUCCUGCGGUAACAUUGUUGUGGAACGACGUCACAGCUCAAAAAUGAAGGCGCAGAGGCAGCCAUUACUGGAGCUUCUGUAAUUAUUUUAUUUCACAUAAAUAUUCGCAGAAAACUCCCAUGGCAAGAGCUACAAGUCAGCUGUAUGAUGUUGUGCCCAUUCAGCCCAACGUUGUCAUCUGUUCCUGCUCACAUUCAUCAAUGGUAAGAAACCACCCCGACCCCUGCUCGCCACUUGCUAUCCCAGGCGCAAGCAGCAGUCAUUGCUCCAGCAUGGAGGGCCCAGCUGCAGAGGCUUGUGCUGUAGGAGCGCCUGCAAGCAGCCAGAGCUCAGAGGCCUGCACGCAGCCAGCCAGUCAGCCGCCUCAGCCACGCAAGAAGAAGCCAGAGGACUUCAAGUUUGGCAAAAUACUGGGAGAGGGCUCCUUCUCAACGGUUGUCCUUGCAAGAGAGCAUGCCACAGGCAAAGAAUAUGCAAUUAAAAUUUUAGAGAAACGCCACAUUAUGAAGGAGAAUAAAGUCCAGUAUGUGAAAAGAGAAAGGGAUUUGAUGUCAAGCCUUGAUCACCCAUUCUUCGUCAAGCUCUACUUCACAUUUCAAGAUGAUGAGAAGUUGUAUUUUGGUCUCAGUUAUGCUAAAAAUGGCGAACUCCUGAAAUACAUUCGCAAAAUAGGUUCCUUUGAUGAGACCUGCACUCGGUUCUACUCGGCUGAAAUAGUUUGUGCAUUAGAGUACUUGCAUAUUAAGGGGAUAAUACACAGAGACCUGAAACCUGAAAAUAUUCUUCUGAGUGAAGACAUGCACAUCCAAAUAACAGAUUUUGGAACAGCAAAACAGUUAUCAUCAGACAGUAAACAAGCCAGAGCAAACUCUUUUGUCGGAACAGCGCAGUAUGUUUCCCCCGAGCUGCUAACAGAGAAAUCAGCCUGCAAAAGCUCUGACUUGUGGGCUUUGGGAUGUAUUAUCUAUCAGCUGGUGGCUGGUCUACCUCCAUUCAGAGCUGGAAACGAAUACCUUAUAUUCCAGAAGAUAAUAAAGCUGGAAUAUGAAUUUCCAGAGAAAUUCUUUCCCAAAGCCAAGGAUCUUGUUGAACAGCUCUUGUCAUUGGAUCCAUCCAAGCGACUUGGAUGUGAGGAGAUGGGCGGGUAUGAGCCACUGAAGCAGCACCCCUUCUUUGAUACCAUUUCCUGGUGUGACCUGCACCUGCAAACGCCCCCAAAGCUUACACCUUACCUCCCAGCUAUGUCUGAAGAUGACGAGGACUGCUAUGGAAAUUACGAUGACCUCCUGAGCCAGUUCAGCAACAUGCAGGUGGCCCAGUCCAGCUCAUCGCAGUCGCUGUCGCCUCACGACUCGACUCCCCCACAGAGGUCAAGCAGCAACAUCGAACAGUACAUCCACGACCUGGACAGCAACUCGUUUGAGCUCGACCUGCAGUUCACUGACGAAGAAAAGAGGUUGUUGCUUGACAAACAGACCAUCGGGAACCCCUGGCAUCAGUUUGUGGAGAAUAACCUGAUCCUGAAAAUGGGUCCAGUGGAUAAACGCAAAGGUCUGUUUGCACGUCGGCGGCAGCUCCUUCUCACGGAAGGACCACACCUGUACUACGUGGAUCCUGUCAACAGGGUUCUGAAAGGAGAGAUUCCUUGGUCCUUAGAGUUACGCCCCGAAGCCAAGAACUUCAAAACCUUCUUUGUUCACACGCCUAAUCGGACAUACUAUUUGAUGGACCCCAGUGGAAAUGCAGACAGGUGGUGCAAGAAGAUCCAGGAAGUGUGGAGAAAGAUCUAUCAAAGACACCAAAACCCUGGCGUGUAGGAGCCGAAUAAAUUCUGUCCUCACUCCUUUA